GUCCCAGGCAGUGUUCAAGCCUAACAGACCAAAGAAAACUCCAGCUCUUCACAGAGUUUUAUGCUGUCUCUUAUGAGAGGCAGCAGGCUAUCAUUCUCUCUGGUUUGGAGCAGCACAAGGUGAGUCGCAGACGACCACGUGGGCCCAACACUGAGAAUACUAAGAAUAAGUACACCUUCAAGUACCAUGUGCAACAAGGAGGUCAAAGACUUGCUGUUUGUAAGCUCACAUUUAUGUCAGUCUUUCAACUGACCAACAGUCGCCUACAGGCCUCAUAGCAUUCAUCCUGCAGUGAGAGAGGGGAUAAGAGAGCACAUCCUGAGCUUCCCACGCCAACCGAACCACUACUCACGGAUGAAGGGAGAUGUGGAGAGGGAGUACCUGAGCCCUGAUUUAAACCUGCUCCGCAUGUUCCGCCUGUACAAGGAAAGCAAUCCAGCAUCCACUGCAAAGUUCUGGCUCUAUAGGGACAUCUUCAAGCAGCAAAACCUCAGUUUUGGGCAGCCAAGAAGUGAUACUUGUGCAAAAUGUGACGCCCUGUUCUCAAAAUUAGUAGCUACUACAACAGAUGGAGAAAGGUUGAAGAUCACAGCCAAGAGUGAGCUUCACCACCGGAAAGCCGAAAAAGCAUACACCCAGUUGCAGGCUGACACAGAGUGGGCCAAAGCCAAUGAUGACUGCCAUGUCAUUUGUAUCGACAUGCAGGGGGUAGUGUACACGCCAAACCUGACACACUCCAACGUGUACUAUCAACGGCAGCUGGCCAACUACAACCUCUGUAUCCAGGAGAUGGGCACUGACAAACCUCCUACAAUGUGCCUCUGGCAUGAGGGCAUCGCUCACAGAGGUUCCAUCGAGGUGGCAAGCUGUCUUUUGAAGUGGGCAGAAACAUCUUUCGCUCCCCUAGUCCAGGCAAAGGAACGGAAGCUCAUCAUCUAUAGUGACCGAUGCUGUGGGCAGAACAACAACUGGCGAGUCCUAAACCUCAUGGCCCUACUCGUAUCUAGAGGGUACUUCAGUCAGAUAGAGCAGAAGUUCAUGGUGUCUGGUCACUCCUUCCUUCCCUGUGACUGUUCAUUUGCCACGCUGGACAAGAGGCGUAAGGUGUCCACACUCCACACCCCCAGCAAUGUCGCCGAGAUGAUCCGUGGAGCCAGGCAGCUGCAUCCAUUUAAAGUAAUUGAGAUGAAAUGUGCGGACUUCAGGCAGCUCCCUGAUGCAACAUUAAAGCAUCCACCUGGCUUCCUAAUCACAUCCAUGCUGUGGUUGAAAGUGACAGCUACUGAUCCAUGGUGUGUCCACACAAAAGGGAGCCACAGCCUCUACGAGGGAUGGAAGCAUUGGCUGAUCACCAAACAGAGGAAGAAUCAACCACCUCCAGCUCCCUUGUUCUCCACCACGUAUGCUCGUGCUUACGAAGACCCUUUGCCCAUCAAGAAGGAGAAGCACCGUGACCUUAUGAAAAUGCUAGCCUACAUGCCAGCGGAGGCCCAAGCAUUUUAUGGGACAUUAGAAUGUGAAGAGUAG